AUGUAUGAUAAGAUAGUCAAUCAAUGCGAAAAUUUGUGGUUACGCGAGAACUAUAACUUAUCUGGAUAUUCUACGAUUUUGUGGUGCACUACGAAUCAAGAAUACGAUUAUUAUGAAACAGAUUAUCUUCACACAUUAUUUUGGAUUGUCACUUUCCUUAUUUUGGGUAUCGUCACAAUAGCUACAGCACUUGAUAUUAAGCAAAAUAACGAAGAUAGUCUUGAUUAUUACAAAGUUGAGAGACGAGAUUUGCCGAAAAGUCAGCAAUGUCUCUUAUGUUUCUCUUUGGUGAGAAAUUGGUAUCGCCUUGUUGCUCCGCCAAAAACUGAAGUUGGAAGAGAUUUACGUUUUGUUUUGACGAUUCGAUAUUUGACAACACUCAUCGUAGUUAUGGGACAUGUAUGGAUUGCUUAUAGUAUGACACCCGCCAAAAAUACAGAGUUCGUUGAAAGUUCUUAUUACAGUAUCAUCUAUAUUUUUGCCAAUUGUGCGACAAAUAUCGUCCAAACUUUCUUUGUUGCAAGCGGAGUACUUCUUUACAUAUCAAUUCAUGAAUUUUUCAAAGAAGGAGUUCUAAAUAUUGGCAAUGCUGCAACUGCCUUUAUUUACCGAUACAUUCGACUGACACCAACACUUGCUUACUUGAUACUUUAUCAUGCCACAUAUCUUUUCCAUUCGGGAUCUGGGGGAUACUGGAAAUUCGUUGGAGAGACGUCGCAAACUUAUUGCCGGAGAAAUUGGUGGACCAACCUGCUAUACAUUAAUAACUAUGUGAAUUCAAAUCAAAUGUGCAUCCCAACAACUUGGUACUUAUCAGCCGACACACAUCUUUUCCUGUUCAGUCUGUGUCUCCUUUUAAUCAUCUUCAAAUAUCCAAAACUGAAGAAAAUUGUAAUGGGAUUAGCUAUUUUGGCGAGCUGUGUCACACAAUUCCUUGUAACGUAUCUGAACAAAUUCGAUGGGGGUCAACAUGUUUUCAGUCCAGAAACAAAAAGAUUCCUUUAUGACAAUGAGAACAAAGAACUUGAAAAAGAUUAUUUUGCAUCCCAUAUGAAUGCAGGAAACUUCCUCAUCGGUAUUUGCUUGGCAAUGACGUACUUUCACUUCAAAGAAAACAAAAUUGAUAUGUCGAAGUACAAGUGGUUCAUAGUACUUUGGUAUAUUACUCCAGUGAUUGGAUUUUUCACAGUUGUCGUGCAUGGUUACACAUUUUUCCAUAAUUAUUUUGAAGUACCUUCAAUUGGUUUGACGAUUCUUUCGAUGUUUACACGACAAAUUUGGGGAAUUUUCGGCAUUAUAUUAGUUUUAGGAUUCAUUGCAAGUUUCCGAUCUCCAAUCAAGAACUUUUUCAAUUGGCCCGUAUUUACUCCAUUAUCGAGACUGACAUAUGGAAUUUAUUUAGUCCACGUGACAAUUGCUAGCAUAGUAUUUGCACAAUCUUCAAUCAUUUCGUACUUUAUGGGAUGGUCAUUCUUAACCGAAUCCGUGGCAUUGUUCGUUCUUUCGAAUUUUGCUGCUCUCAUAUUGGGACUCUGUAUUGAAUUUCCAUUGACUGCCUUGAGCAAAAUUCUAUUACGGAAAAACAAAAAAGAGCGGAAAUUUAUUAAAGACGAAAUUAAUGGACACGCUGCUGAACUAAAGAAAUUCACAAGUCGUAUUUAA